UCUUUUUCCUUUCUUUUAUGUUCUACAGAAUUUAUCACAAACUCCAGUCCUGAGGGAGCUGCUUAAAGAAGCUAAAAUGCCUGGCACAACAGUUAAGAUCGAGUCACCUGAGUUAUGCAUGGAACCUCAGCUGAUAAAACUAGAUCAGCCAGGUCCUUUGACAUUAGCCAUGUAUCAGUUCCUGACAGAAAUGCAAGAGACAAAAAGAGGGGUAGUCACUCCUAAGGAACUUUUUGCUCAGGUUUGUAAAAAAGCAAUACGAUUUAAAGGUUAUCAGCAGCAAGACAGUCAUGAAUUGCUCCGUUACUUACUUGAUGGAAUGAGAGCAGAAGAAAUCCAACAAAUAAGUGUUGGAAUACUGAAGGCGCUGACUGACUGUAACAAACAAAAUGAAGAAGAACUUAAAAAGAAAAUUAAAGAAUAUGAAAAGAAAAAGGGAAUACAAAGUUUUGUAGAUCGAAUCUUUGGUGGAGAAUUAACCAGUACGAUUAUGUGUGAGGAAUGCAGAACCGUGUCCUUGGUCCAUGAGUCUUUCCUUGAUUUGUCACUUCCCGUACUAGAUGAUCAGAAAGUAAAAAUUGCAAGUGAGAGAAAUGUUAAAAAAAACAAAGAAAAGGAAUCUGAAGAUGAAGACGAUAAAAACAAUGACUGUUAUCUUAAGCAGAGAGAUGAGCCUCCUGGUUCAAGUAAGCACCUUCAGAAAAAAGCAAAGAAACAGGCCAAAAAACAAGCCAAGAGCCAGCGCCGCCAGCAAAAACUUCAAGGAAAGGUGAUUCACUUGACAGAUAUCUGUGCAACUGAACAGUCAGAAAAAGAUGUCGAGUAUAACCAAGAAUCAGAGGCAGAAAUUAACUCUGAAACUUCUGAUAUGAAGCAAGAAGAGGAAAUGUCAAAGGAUUGCAAAGAUCACUGCUUAACUGAAAAAGACUUUAAUAUACCAGAAAAUCAUACAGAAGUUCAGAGCAUGCAUGAAGAUACAGGAAAGCCAGAACGAGAGUGUGUAGAAAAUGAGUCUCCUGUGGAUCUCCCUAUGGAAGGCUUAGAUUCUUCUAUGAAUUUUGUCAAUGGCCUUGACAGCCUGUCUUUGAAAGAUGAGGAUGAUGAAAAUGAAGAUGAGGAAGAGCUCACUACUGACUUAUCAAAACUACACUUGGGUGCCAAUGCUGAAUCUGAUCCGAGUACCUUAGAUGACCUUCAAACUCUUCCCAUCAAGACGUGUGAAGUAUCGACUGAAGAUCCAGAAACAGCAUUUUGUACUCUUGCAAACAGGGAAGAUCUGAACCCAGAAGAAGGUUCCAUCUAUCACUGUUUGUAUCAGUUUACCCGUAAUGAAAAGCUUACUGAGACCAAUAAACUACUCUGUGAUGUAUGUACACAAAGACACUAUGGACCAAAGAACACCACAAAAAGUGAAAAGAAGUACAUUUAUACUAACGCCAUAAAACAGAUGCUAAUCUCUCUUGCUCCUCCAAUUUUAACUCUUCACUUAAAGAGGUUUCAGCAGGCUGGAUUUAAUCUACGGAAGGUUAACAGGCAUAUCAAAUUUCCAGAAGUUAUAGACUUGGCUCCUUUCUGUACAGCUAGAUGUAAAAAUGUGGCUGAAGGGAAUACCAAACUGCUGUACUCUCUCUAUGGAGUUGUUGAACAUAGUGGAACAAUGAAGUCUGGGCACUACAUUGCUUACGCUAAAAUGAGAAGUAUGAACAACCAUCUCUCUGAUCUUGUCCUUCGAGGACAGUCUCCUCAAGCUUUAGAAACUGAACCAGUAAAAGGACAGUGGUUCCACAUCAGUGAUUCCCAUGUGCAAGCCGUGUCUGCAUCAAAAGUGCUAAGCUCGCAAGCCUAUCUCCUGUUCUAUGAGCGACUGCUGUAA